GUGUUAAAAACUUUAACUUGGAGCUAUAUAUGAUACAGUUUCACCCGUUUAAUGAACUACAUCCCCCUCCCCGACUUUCCUCCUCCUCCCCUCUCGUGAAGCGCCACGGGCAGGCGCAUGGAUUUAUGGGUUAUUGAGUACUAAGGACAUAACCAUAGUCCUUUGUCUCCACUACAGAAUAUGCUCAUUUGAACUACAAAACCCAAAACAGCAUGGGCAGUUCGACGCCGUAGAGAGUUGGUUAUCCGGGGAUAUCGCUCUGCUGCUCUGGCUCUCCUGUCUAUUUUACCCUCUCCCUCUUCCUGCGGAUUGGCAUAGCACAGUAGAAAAAAGCAAAACAAAACAUUACAGGCAAAAAAUGGCGGAGCUCGGAGCGGGGAGCCUGCAAGUAGGGGACCCAGCAUUGAAUUACCAGGAGCGCGAGCUCAACGAGCGAUUGAAGCGACUCUACCCGGCCGUGAAUGAGGAAGAGACCCCUUUACCCCGAUCGUGGAGCCCCAAGGAUAAAUACAGCUACAUCGGGCUGUCCCAGAACAACCUGCGGGUGCAUUACAAAGGUCAUGGGAAGAACCACAAGGACGCCGCAUCGGUGCGAGCCACACACCCCAUACCAGCUGCUUGUGGGAUCUAUUACUUCGAAGUGAAGAUCGUCAGCAAGGGCAGAGACGGGUACAUGGGAAUUGGCUUGUCUGCUCAGGGUGUCAACAUGAACAGGCUGCCUGGCUGGGACAAGCACUCUUAUGGUUACCACGGCGACGACGGCCACUCCUUCUGCUCCUCAGGAACUGGCCAGCCGUACGGCCCCACGUUCACAACGGGCGAUGUGAUUGGCUGCUGUGUAAACCUCAUUAACAACACCUGCUUUUACACCAAGAACGGCCACAGUCUAGGGGUAGCCUUUACAGACCUUCCCCCGAACCUGUACCCCACAGUGGGUCUUCAGACUCCAGGGGAGAUUGUGGAUGCAAAUUUUGGCCAGCAGCCCUUUGUCUUCGACAUUGAGGACUACAUGAGUGAGUGGCGGGCCAAGAUCCACGGCAUGAUCGCCCGCUUCCCCAUCGGGGAGAGGCUGGGCGAGUGGCAGGCCGUUCUGCAGAGCAUGGUGUCUAGCUACCUGGUGCAUCAUGGGUACUGUGCCACAGCAAUGGCUUUCGCCCGGGCCACGGAGACCAAGAUCCAGGAGGAUCAGAGCUCAAUAAAGAAUAGACAGAGAAUACAGAAGUUGGUGUUAGCGGGCCGGGUGGGGGAAGCCAUUGACGCCACGCAGCAGCUCUAUCCUGGCCUCCUAGAACACAACCCCAAUUUACUCUUCAUGUUGAAGUGUCGGCAGUUUGUGGAGAUGGUGAAUGGUACAGACAGCGAGGUGCGCUGCUUCAGCACUCGCUCCCCCAAAUCCCAGGACAGCUACCCCGGCUCACCCAGCCUCAGCCCCAGGCACGGAGCCACAAACCCCCACCUGCACAGCACAGCCACAGACAGCCCUACGUGCAGCAACGGUGUCACCAGCAAGAACAAGAGCCACAGCAAGUACCCCGGUAUCAGCUCCAGCUCCUCCUCAUCUCCAUCAUCCCCCUCCUCCAUCGUCUAUUCUGAGUCCAACUCCACAGACUCCACCAAGUCCCAGCCACACAGCAGUGCCAGCAACCAGGAGACCAGUGACAGUGAGAUGGAGAUCGAGGCAGAGCACUACACCAACGGUGUGGCAGACAGCUCAUCGGCCCGCAUCAUGAACGGCACAUACAAACACGAAGAGAUCCUUCAGACGGACAACCACAGCCUAGGCAAUGGUCUCCCAGCAGACGAGAGCGACCAACCCAGGCAGCUGUGUGGUGGCAACCAGGCAGCCACGGAGCGCAUGAUCCAGUUUGGCCGCGAGCUGCAGGCACUCAGUGAGCAGCUCUGCCGCGAGUACGGAAAGAACCCCACGCACAAGAAGAUGCUGCAGGAUGCCUUCAGUCUGCUGGCCUACGCUGAUCCCUGGAACUGCCCAGUGGGGCAACAGCUGGACCCCAUGCAGAGGGAGUCCGUGUGCUCCGCCCUCAACAGCGCCAUUCUUGAGUUGCAGAACCUGCCAAGGCAGCCUCCCCUGAUGCUGGCCCUGGGCCAGGCCCACGAGUGCGUCCAGCUCAUGGCACGGGUUCGAGCUGGGUCGUGCUCCUUCGCCAGACUCGAGAGCUUUUUGCACUAGCCUCGGCCACAGUACUGCACAGGACAGCUACAACAGGGGACAUCCACCUGGUGGUCAUGGUGACAUAGGAGAGCAUGAAUUUGGAUUGAUGUGCCGUUUGACGAUUGCUGAAUACACCAGGGGAGGGGGCUGGAUUUAUAUUACAAGAACAGAAAGGCUUCUUUUUUUUUUUUAAUUUAGUAUUAUCAAAUACAGAUUGUGUGACACUAUUUAAAGAUUAUUAUUAUUCUGUUCAUCUAGUCAUUUUUUUAGUUUUUAUUUUGUCAUUUUGUCAUUGUGCUCAUCUUGGAAAUAUCUAGUUCCUUUUGUUUUUAAGGGUUGGAAUUAAAUUCCUUGCAUAAUAUUUUAAAAUCGUGUAUGCCAUAUUAAUUAUAUUGAUAAGGUAAAUACAUCAGCGUAAGUAAGUUCCUUGGUUUCUCUCACCCAGAACUCAGGUACACACAACACAUAUUUCAUUUUGGCAUGGAAUGUUACAGGAGUUCACUUAGUUCUACCAGCAGUACCGUGAUUCGUGGUGUGUCCAUGCUUGUAUGAUUCAAACUGUUGGAUUAUUCGUUUUUUUUUUUUUUUAAUUAUGUUUUUUAUCUUCCACAUGUUUUGGAUUAUAAUGAGAAAAGCAGAAGGUCGUGGCGUUGUGCUUGAAGACCAUGCCCCACUGCUGCUCUAGCUGAAUUAGUAACAGAAGAAGCUGAAGUGACUUCUGUCGCAUUGCAUGGCUGCACGUUCACACGCUGUCAGCUCCGUGGUGACAUCCGUGCUGGGGGGGUUGCGGGCCUUCCCGCGGCAUUGCUCCGCUUUGGUUUUCCUUCCAUUUGAUAAGUCAAAAAUUACAUCAUGCUUUUAAGCAUGAUUUCAUUAUUGCUUCCUGGUUGAGCAUUUGGUUGGGUUUCGAGGUGUGACAGGAUUGUCCAGUUUUACUUUUGGCCAGAAUCAAGGAAAUAAUUCCAGCCAGAGCAAAUGUUGUCACUGACUGUGUUUAAACUGGCUGCUGGUCCAGGCCUGCUGUAUGAAGCUAACAUAGGAUGGGUAACAUCAAGUAACUUAGAGAGAUGAAACAGGAUGCUAACAUUGCAUGCUGGGAAAUGUAGUCACACACAGAAAGUUGUGUUGUGAUGUUUACUUUUUUCCACUGUAAUAAAUGCUUUUGUUUGCUUCUCUUUUUGUUUUAUCUAUCUGAAAUAGAUAAAUUAAUUAGCAGUGAUUGAUGAAGGACCAGGUUUACUAACAUGCCAAAUAUUGCUGUUUAUUCAAAGGCUGUGAUGAUGGAUAUUUUUACUAUCUUAACAUUUGGAAUACUUUUACUCAGCCUGCCUACAUGUGGGCAAUAAUUUAAAAAGAUUAUUAAGGUAAUGGUUAUGUUAUGUAAACUAAAUCAUCAUUCAUAGAGUUGGGAAUAUUAUAGCAAUCUGCAUUCUGGGUUGUUGUAUACUAUUUAGCUGUAGAUAUAGUAUUGCAGGAUUGGACAGCCAAGUGAAAGCGAGCCAGACUCUGGCAUUAAUUUUUAAUUACAUUUUUACAAAUAGAAUAAAAAAAAUGGAAUUUCCUACCUUGAUCCUGGAAAAUUUCAGUAGACGAUCUGGUGUGUCAACCCCAGGGUCUCUUUCGGGGAGCAAUUUGGUGAUGAUUUGUUUAAUAAUGCUUAUAAUAUAGCUGAUUGUCUUUACAGUGUUGAGAAUUAAAAUCUGUUUGGUCAAGGUCAUCUCAACACUUAAAUAUCUUUCUGGCAACCCCCCUCCUCUGAAAUGACUGACCUUGUCAGCAUCAGUGAUUUCAUGGAAGACUUCAGUCCAACAUACAUUUGCAUUGCUGAAUACCUGGAUUGCAGAUCUCAAGGACCAGGGUUGGGGGUAGGAACAACAUCUGGUUCCUUAACCAUACGCCCAACUAGAGCACAACGCAGGAAUCGAGAAGUAUAGCACUCUGAGUUUUGAUUUAGUGGGUGUAGAACUCCCUUGUGUCCUCCCUUUGAGGAGUUUGAAGUGUAACAAGUGUCAUGGCUGUCAAGGUUACUUCCCGUUCAGUCAUUCUGUAUCUGGUUUAGCUGUCGUCUUUGUUUGAUGUGGAGUGUGCAGUUCAUGCGGCUUUAGGAUAUGUGCUUAUUGAACAGCUGUGUUUCCCAGUUCCCGUGAACCCCCACUUCUUGAGAGAAUCCUCUCAUCUUCACGCAGACUUGAGCCAGGUUCAGGUCAUGGUGGAGGGUGGAGUUAACCUCGUUUUGUCUCACUCUUUUACUUUUUACCAGGGGCUACCCUUGGGUGCAGUAAGCUAGUUGGUAUGGGGCAAACCUAGUAAAACUAUGGUCUCCUAAGGCCCACAACUUGAGAAGGAAAAAGUUGGUCCAUUCUGUUACCCCAGCUCUAAGUAACAUCGUGGCCUGAGAAGCAGUACAAUAAAUUAAUUAAUCUGGACCUGGCCGCUGUGAAAAUGUGUGGCUUCAGCUCCAUGAAUGACUUUGUUAAAUUGAAUUACCUCUGUUAUCUAAUAUUUUUCCAGCACCUUUCGUCCACUCGGUCUCUGAGGAAGAGGCAUUUAGAAAAUGAGGGCCUUUGAUGGCUCUUAUCUGGCUAGCAGAUGGAACUCAGCUGAGGUAUUUGUUUUAAAUACUGUCAGCCACAGGGAGACUGCGUUCCCAAGCCCAAUAAGUAAAGCACAGUAUGAUCAAAUUUGUCCUGCACUGUUACCACAUUGCCAGGGGUUUGUGAUCCACCAUAAAGCUAAUGGUAGGUUUAAGAGGUGGUGCUUGCGUGGGGUAGGGGGUGUAAAUGGGGUUCAGAGUGGGCCCUUACAUACCUGAUUGUAAAGGUGCCGGAGGCUCUGCUCGACCGUUCAGCCGAUGCCGUGCGCCGUCACUAACACGCUCCAUAACGUCUUGUUGUGAACGCGUAGGAGCUGCUGCUAAACACUUUGGUUCUUAAUCGGCACCAGUGUUUGGUGCCUCUGUGCCGAUUCGUAAUUAAUAGAAACUGUAACAGCAGACUUUUCAAUGGCUCGCAGUUUUCAAUCUCAAUUUGCCAACUCCUAUUCGAAUUACCAUCCAACCGGCACCUUAACCGAGAUUUCAGUGAUUUAGCGUGUGUGCCACACUUGCCUGCACACGUAUGUACUUCUCCAAACUGAAAGUGUUGAGUACAGAGUUCCGAACCCUGCAUUUCAUUAAGUUAUUCAUGAUAAACAUGCAAGAUAAUGUGUGUUGUGGACUUUGAAAGGAAGCUAACAGAAAAAGUCAUAGAAGCUUUAAAUGGCAAGUGACAGCUUUCUUAUUCUUUAGCAAAUAAGUGAGGCAGCCUGAUGUAUUCUUCGCGUUUCAAAUUUUUAGUGAAUGCUUUUAGGAAACAAACGCUGUCCGUUAUAUUCUGAACUCCUUACAGGGCCAGUGUCCCCACUGCGGGAGUCUAGUGUUGUCAUGCAGGUGUGAGCUCUGUAGGUCAUUGGAGACCACACCUGGUGACAAAUCACAGCCUACUGUCUGGAAUAUUAAUUAUAAAGACCCAAAGGAUUUCAGUUCACUUUGGAAAGACACCCAAGCAACAUAAGGAAUGGAUUAAAGUGAACUACAAGCUGUGCACAAUUUUAUUUUUUAUUAUUUUAAUUUUAUUGAGUUUGACUUUAGCUUUUGUGAAAUACGUUACCCUCUCUACUUAGCAUGAACCUUUGAGAACCUUUAAAAUGAUAAAAACAGAAAACAUAAUGAAAACAUACCUAUAUACUGGAAAUAUGGUAAAGAAAUAUUGUAUUCUGUUGUAU